AUGAAGACCCCUCACAAACAGGUAGCUGCAGGGCAGGAAACCAAGGAAGCUGUCAAUCGCCACACCAGAUCUGCAAAUAUGAGGAAGAUAAAAGCCUCUCAAAGGAAGCAGAGGGGCAGACCUUUGUCGCAGCCCUGCAGGAACAUUGUGGGCUGCAGAAUUUCACACGGAUGGAAGGAAGGCAAUGAGCCCAUCACCCAGUGGAAAGGAACCGUUCUGGAUCAGGUGCCUAUAAAUCCCUCCCUUUAUCUGGUGAAAUAUGAUGGAAUUGACUGUGUCUAUGGACUGGAACUUCACAGAGAUGAAAGGAUUUUAAAGCUUAAAAUCCUUCCUGAUAAGGUGCCAUUUUCUCGAGUCAGAGAUGUGCGCCUUGCGAAUACCAUAAUUGGUAAAGCCGUAGAACAUAUUUUUGAGGGCGAGCAUGGUUCUAAGGAUGAAUGGAGAGGGAUGGUCUUAGCCCAAGCACCAAUCAUGAAAGCCUGGUUUUAUAUUACCUAUGAGAAAGAUCCUGUCUUGUACAUGUACCAGCUUCUAGAUGAUUAUAAAGAAGGAGACCUCCGUAUCAUGCCAGAGUCCAGUGAGUCUCCUCCAGCAGAGAGGGAGCCAGAAGGAGUUGUGGAUGGCCUGAUAGGCAAACAUGUGGAAUAUACUAAAGAAGAUGGCUCCAAAAGGACAGGCAAGGUCAUUCACCAAGUCAAAGCCAAACCCUCUGUGUACUUCAUCAAGUUUGAUGAUGAUUUCCAUAUCUAUGUCUAUGAUUUGGUAAAAAAGUCAUAA